CAAGUACUAUAUCAUGGGGAAGGCUAUAUCAGUCAGUAUGGUUCAUGGGGGGCCAUCACCGGGAUUCUUUUCUCCCACUUUAUUUGAUUGCAUUGUGAAAGAUAACGUCUCACCCACCAUCGAUGAUGUGCACGACCUUGACUUGCGAGCUAAAAUCAUACAGGUAUCAGAGGCCAAGUCCAUGGAGGAGUUGUGUUCAGUUGUGUCCAGUCACAGUGACUACCUGUCUAAUGCAGGCUGCCUACGAGCUGUAAAAUGUCUGGAGGACAAAGACCUGCUUUUGCAGGACAUCCUCCAGUUCCAAGUCGUAAACCGACUCCAUGGUCCACUCGAACGGUUCAAGGAAGGCCUGAGGACAUUAGGAUUGUUGGAGGAGGUUGUCAAACAGCCAGAAGCCUUUCGUCCUCUCUUCUGCAGCCCACCACAGACCCUUAGCGCAGAUGGUCUCGAUCACCUGUUUGUCAUCUGUUUUUCCAGUGCAGGAAGUAACAGACGAGUACAGGAAAACAUUGCUGUGGGCUUUUGGAGAGACUACCUUCUAGAUGCAGAGGAAGGUAACUCCCCCUGCUCGUUGGAGGAAAUUCUAAUGUUUGUGACUGGAUGCAGUGCGCUACCUGCCAUUGGCUUGAAGCCGGAACCAUCCAUCGAGUUCCUGCACACUGACGGUCUUUUACCUGGGGACACUCAACAGAGGGCGAAGUUUCCAACGGCAAACACAUGUGUGAACUGCUUGCGUCUACCUUUGCACAAGGAUUACACUGCCUUUAAGUACAAUAUGGACUUAAAGGCUUUGCAAUACACAGGGCUUUGGUCAAGAGUAGGGCUUAGAAUGAAAUGGUAUAAGGAAACUGUCAAUAGGCUUUUUGGUACUGUUCAUCUUUAA